AUGGAAUCUUUGGAAAAAGGCAAUGUAAUAUUCAAAGCCAAAUUGGUAGCCAAAGGCGAUGCUCAGAAGGAAGGCAUUGACUACAAUAAGCAUGAUAAUUCUAUUGCUCAAUAUGUUGUUGGAUAUGUAGAUUUUGAUUACACAGGUGAAUUGGACAAGCAUAGGUCCACUACUCUUGUUGGAGGUCUAGUAUGUUGGAGAUCGAUUUUGAAAUCUACAAUUGCAUUCUCGACUACUGAGGCAGAAUACAUGGCAGUAACAAAAGCUAUAAAGGAAGCCAACUGGCUUCAAGGGUUGCUUGAUGACUACUUAGGGGUUCAACAGGACCAUGUGGAUAUUCAUUGUGACAGUUAG